AAUUAACUAAAUGGUUAUUUUUAUUGAUUCUUGUGUGUCAGGUAAAAGAGAUAGUUGUGCGAAAUUUCAGCUUGACCCGAGAUUGGUUGUCGGAGAAUUAACAUGGACAAACUUUUUACCAGACAGACAGAGAGAACAGAAUGAUCAACAGACGGAACUCACUGACCCUGUCAGUGUCAGUACUCAUUGUGCUGACAGUUUAUUUUAUCCUUGAUUACAAUGUGAAAAAAAUCUUCAACCAGGGACGGACAAAUCUAUCACAAAAUCUCCACAGAGUUAUAAGACAAAAAAUUUACAAUUCUCAAAACCUCGAAUCGGGCCAAGUGAAAGCUACUAGAAUAUCAAAAGAAAACCAAUUUUAUUUAUGUGAAAACAUGGUUAAUCCACACAAUGCAAUAGUUCAACCAAAAGAUUCACCCUGUGGUUAUAUCUGUGGCACAGUCAACUGUUCUGGUCUCUCUAUCAAGGAGAUACAACCCUCCUGGUUUCCAAAUGAAACACAAACUAUUCUUUUAAAUACAAACUUUAUUAGCAGAUUGAACAAUUCCACAUUUUCACAUCUAACGAAUUUGAUAAAUUUAGAUCUAUCAAACAAUAACAUUGAAUUAAUAGAGACAUGCGCUUUUAAAGGUCUACACAAUCUAAAGACAUUAAACCUUUAUAAUCAUAAACUUAAGUUUGAUAACUCAGAUGAGUUUUUAAAAAUCUUUGAACCGCUGACUAGUUUGGAAGAAUUGGAUAUUCUACAGGACUAUCUCCACUACAAAGACGAAAUGUGUUCUUUCAGAUUUUUGGAGAAGCUGCCAACUCUUCAAAAAUUAUCAAUGGAAUAUGAUUUAGAAACUUUAUAUUUUGGCGAGGCAUUUAGAAAAAUGUCAAACCUAACAUUUUUGCGGCUUUACGGAAAGGUUCAAAUCAUAGACGAUUCUUCAUUUAUAAAUGUAUCUGGAUUGAUUGAACUUCACCUGGAAUCAUUAGACAACGUAUACAAUAUUAGUCAUAAUGCUUUUUUACCUUUAACAAAAUUAAAAGUACUAAUAAUUUCUAGGUUAUUAAUGAGCACACAAUUUGUGUUUUCCCUGUUAGAACCGUUUAAAGACAGAAAUAUGACUGAGAUCAGUUUAUAUAAUGUAAACAACAUUCACACUCGCACUGAUCCCAGGGUUGAAGGAUAUGUCACUUAUAAGGACACCAAAUAUCUUUUAAACAUUUGCUUGGAAACAUUGACUUUAAUGCAAGUUCACAUUUAUUAUUUCACUUUGGACGCUUUUCGGUAUCUUGACACUUGGAAUAGAUGUUUAGUGAAUCUGUAUAUUUCUAAAAACUCACUACUCGGAAGUGAAUUGAUCUUAAAUCGCCUACUGACAAUCAAAACUUUACAAAGAGUCACAAUUACAGAAGUUUUUCGUCCAUGUUUUCAAUUCGAAAAUUUUCCUCGAAGCUCUUUGAGUAUUCAAGUUAAAGGUAAAAGCCAAUCCUGCUCCAAAGAAAAUGAUAAACUUUCACUUCAGGAGAGUAUGUUUACAACCAAGGACUACAAAUUAAGCAAUUUUUCAGAAGAAAAUGUUUCUCUAAAAACGGAACAAGAUAGCUCGUGUGGGUUACAUCAGAUUAUAAGAAUAUCUGAAAGUUUAAAAUAUUUAAAUUUUAGAGGCACAGUUGGAGGCCAGUAUAUGUUUUGUAACUUUGUCUUUCAUGGUGCUCAAAACGUGGAGUAUCUAGAUAUCUCGGAUGGUGGGUUCAAAAAUUUUACAGGUUCAGUUGUAGGAAUGGAGUCAAUUAAGACCGUGAUAUUAUCAGGAAAUGACGUCAGUUUAAUAAGCAAAUCCUAUCUUGACACAGCUCCUGCUUUAGAAAACUUAGCUCUUGCUAAUUGUCAGCUAGAUCGUGAGUUUAUGUCAAUUCACAGCGGGAGAUUGUUUCAAAAUCUGACACGCCUACAGCAGCUUGAUCUCUCUUCUAAUUUACUCAACUAUUUAUCUACAGACACGUUUAUGUACAACAAACAUUUGAAGUGGUUGACUUUAGCACAAAAUCAGUUUCGGGAAAUUCCAUUUUCUUUGAAGUACACAGCAGAACUUGAAGUCUUAGAUCUACGUGAGAACUCACUCAAUACGAUUGACAUGGCGAGCAUUCAUCAACUUGACAAAAUUGUGACAAAGUCAGGUCACUUACAACUUUUACUAAGUGGGAAUGUUUUAUCCUGUGGUUGUAACGAUCUUCAGUUUUUACACUGGAUGAGGUUGACUUUAGUGACGUUUGAUCAGAAUGGAAACUUCACUUGCAUUAACAAUAGAGGGGAGAGAACUUAUACUUUAAUUUACCCUGAACUUGAUGCAUUGUGGAGAGACUGUUGGGGCAGUUUUUUCUUAUAUCUGGCUUUGAUAAUCUUGUGUCUUUAUAUGAUAGGAAUUUCUCUAGCUUUUAUAAUGAUUAAGAAUAAGAAAUUUAUUAUUACCUAUUUUUCGCAGAUUCUAGGCCUUUUUAGAGUACAUACGAAACAAGACUACCCUAUAGGUGUAUAUAUUGGCUAUUCUGAUAGAGAUUAUCAGUUUCCGUGUAAAGAAUUACGGAUUUUUAUUGAACGUUCGCUGAAAUGUGAUACAUUUUUAAUUGACCGUGAUCUUAUUGCGUCUGUGGAUAAAGCCAGUGGGAUUGUUGACGCUCUGAAUGCCAGUUGGAGAAUUCUUCUCGUCUGCAGCAAAAGUUUCUUGAAGGAAGACGAUUGGUCAAUGUUUACAAUGAGGUCAGCUAUUUAUACACAAAGUUCAGCUAAUCCUGCGCGUGUUGUUGUGUUAGUUCACAAAGAUUGUCUUCCCUUACUUCCUACAGCGCUUCUGAGCUCAGUCAAUGAUGAGAAUAUUUGUGUUGUGUCGGAGUGGGCAAUGAACUACGAGAUGAUGCAAAUGUUGACCACACGAUUAGCUUGAAAUUGUAAAAAUAAAAAACAACAUAUUUUACUUAUUAUGUUAUUGAAAGUAAGCGGAGUUAGAGGGAACGAUUUUCCUGGUGAUUUCGCCCCUUUCGAGGGGAUAAAAAAUUAGAUCUAUAAUUAAAACAAGUGCAUUAUAUUUUUGAAGAAAGAUGUUUCCAUUUCUUAUUUAUGUAUAUAUUUUCGUACCUAUAGCCAUUAUUUGUGUUUUAUUAAAUCAAAGACAAAAUAUCUACAAAGAAGAAGGAAACAAAGCAACGAUGGUUUAUAGUAAAAGAUCAUAUAUUUUUAUUUAUUUACAGAUCUCUAUCCCUAAGUCCUGCAUUUAUACUCAGAGUCUAGUUCUUAAGUCCUGCCUUUGAAGCCAGAGUCUAUUCCUGUGUUAAUUUGUUCUUCCUACCUUUAUACCCAGAAUCUAGUUCCUAGGUUAAUUUGUUAUUCCUGCCUUUAAAGACUGAGUUCCUUAAUUAACUCUUUCAACACUAGCUGCACACUUCCCAGAGUUGUUUUAUCAUAGGGUAGGAGUCAGAGGCAAGGGUGUGUAAGAUAUGAGACUGUUUUGUUGUCACAGAUUAAUAAUAAAUUACUGUAGACGUUACUAAUUAAUAAAAUAAAUUACUGUAAACGUUAUUAAUUAAUAAUGAUAAUAACGAGACUGUCUUUAUCAAGGUAGACAUAUAUAACUAUCUUUUUAUUUCCGUCCGAUCCUUUGCUUUCGCUCAAAACAUAAUCAACAAACAAUGACGUAAUAUCAUAUAAUAUUAGCACAGAGACAGUAAGUAUGUCUAUUUAUUUAUUUCUUGUGAGCUGAGUUCUAACAAGUGUUAUCCAGGGGAGGAUAAAAAGUGUAGCCAGUGCUCAGUUCCUCAGGCCGAGUGCUGACCUGGUGCUGGUCAGGAGCACUGAAUAAAGGGAUAUACUCAUGUUCUCGUUUUGUGUCUUGAUACAGAUCACAGGAUAAGGAGUAAGCCUGCUGGCUACAUAUGUCUCGAUUGUUAUUACCUAGUUAUAUAUAUAUAUAUAUAUAUAUAUAUAUAUAUUCGUCCAUCGUGAAUUGAUGAUGACAAGAUUUGUCAUCCAGGGGGGACUGAGGGCUUUCCACUGGGGUUUUGUGCCUUUUCACCUCAUGUGAAUGGUGAGACCUAUGUGAGCCCGGGCCUCACACUGGGCAGAUUAUUCCAGCUAAACCUAGAUUUAUAUCACUUCUGCAAACCCCCUGGUGCUUUUAGUAGUAUUUUGUGCAGUGUAAUUGUUUUUUAUUACUCUUAUUACAAUAUAGUAUGCUGCUUAUG